UUCAAUCAUUUAUCCGCGGAACAUUUCAAUUUGCUUACUCGGAAAGGCGUGUUUCCCUACGAGUACAUCGACAGCGUCGACAAGCUCCGGGACACAAGCCUACCAUCGCGCGAAUCGUUUUACAGUUCGCUCACCGGAGAAACAGUAUCCGAGAGCGAUUACGCGCACGCGACAAACGUCUGGCAAACCUUUUCAAUCGAAGAUCUAGGUCAAUACAGCGAUUUGUAUUUGAAAACAGACGUUCUUUUGUUGGCGGAUAUUUUUGAAAAUUUUCGAAACAUGUGUAUUAAAAGUUACGGUUUAGAUCCCGCUCAUUAUUACACUUUACCGGGAUACACGUGGGACGCUAUGAUGAAGUACACGCGCGUAAAAUUCGAGUUGCUCACGGACAUCGAUAUGGUGCUGUUUGUCGAGCGCGGUAUACGCGGUGGUCUCAGUCAAUGCUCCAACCGAUACGCCGCCGCCAACAACAAAUACAUGCCAUCCUACGAUCCAUCGAAACCGUCAUCGUACUUAAUGUACUUUGAUGUAAACAACUUGUACGGGUGGGCAAUGUGUCAACCGCUGCCCUACGCCAAAUUUCGAUGGGUUGACAAUGUCGAAAACUUUGACGUAAUGUCCGUUGCAUCCGAUUCGGCUACCGGUUAUGUGCUGGAAGUCGAUCUCGAGUAUCCGGUAAAUCUUCACGAUGCGCACUCCGACCUGCCGUUCUGCCCGACGCGCGAUAAGCCGCCCGGCAAGCGGGAGCUCAAGUUACUCGCAACGCUGUACGAUAAGCAGCGUUAUAUCAUCCACUACCGUAAUCUGCAGCAAUGCGUGCGACAUGGCCUGCGAAUUGCAAAGAUUCACCGCAUAUUGCAAUUCGCGCAAUCUCCAUGGCUCCGCAGAUACAUAGAAUUAAAUACACAAUUUCGGACACGGGCGACAAACGAAUUCGAGAAAAAUUUAUACAAAUUAAUGAACAACGCGGUUUUCGGUAAAACCAUGGAGAAUGUGCGAAAUCACACGGAUGUACGGCUCGUUACACAGUGGGAGGGUCGGUACGGAGCGGAGGCUUUGAUCGCGAAACCGAAUUUCCAUAGUCGAAGCGUGUUCUCGGAGAAUCUAGUCGCCGUAGAGUUGCGAAAACUCGAAGUGAAAUUUGACAAGCCAAUCUACGUGGGUAUGUGUAUCCUCGACAUAUCCAAGACCUGCUUGUACGAGUUUCACUACGAGUACAUGGCGCCUCUCUACCGCGACAAUUGCAAAAUUAUGUAUACCGAUACCGAUAGUCUGAUAUACUUUCUACAAUGCGAGGACGUAUAUCACGAUAUGAAACGCGAUAUAUCCAAAUUCGACACGAGCGACUACUCCGAGGACAACGUUUACGGUAUACCGCGCGCCAACAAGAAAGUACCCGGUCUGAUGAAAGAUGAGAAUAACGGCGCGAUCAUGACGGAAUUUGUCGGACUGAGAGCGAAGAUGUACGCGUUGAGAGUCACCGGACAAAAAGAUACCAAAAAGGUUAAAGGCGUAAAGAAAAAUGUAGUCGCUAGAACGAUAACGUUCAACGAUUACACUCGGUGUCUCAACGACGAAAUCGAGCUAACGCGGCGUCAAUCGUGCAUCCGCUCAAAGAUGCACGAGGUGUACACCGUGUCGGAGUCGAAGCUCGCGCUCAGUCCGUACGAUGAUAAGCGGCACGUCGUAUCCGGUUCCACCGACACUCUACCAUGGGGACAUUACAAGAUACAAUUGUAAAUAA